GCAUGUGUGUGUGUGUGUGUGUGUAGAAACGAUAGCGUUUAGUCGUGCACGGUUCCUGGUUUCACGCGCCCUCGGUUCGUCGGCGUCGGAGCGUCUCGCGCAGCAGUGAAGUCGGUGCGGGGAAAUAAAUACACCGUUCACUGGAGUGUGUGCUUUUACUAGGUGAAACAGAAAUGAGCUGGGGAACGGAUCUUUGGGACCAGUUUGAGAACCUCGACAAACACACACAAUGGGGCAUCGACUUCCUGGAGCGCUAUGCAAAGUUUGUGAAGGAAAGGCUGGAGAUAGAGCAAAACUAUGCAAAACAGUUGCGGAGCCUGGUGAAGAAGUACUGCCCUAAGCGCUCCAAAGAUGAUGAGCCCAGGUUUACAUCAUGCUUGUCAUUCUACUCCAUCUUGAACGAGCUGAAUGACUAUGCGGGUCAGCGAGAGGUCGUUGCCGAGGAGAUGGGCCACAGGGUGUAUGGUGAGCUGCUAAGAUACUCGCAGGACCUGAAAGCUGAGAGGAAACACCACCUCCAGGAGGGACGGAAAGCUCAGCAGUGUUUGGAGCAGUGUUGGAAACAGAUGGACAAUAGCAAGAAGAAGUUUGAGCGAGAGUGCAGAGAAGCAGAGAAAUCCCAGAUGCUCUUUGAGAGGUUAGACAACGACAUCAAUGCCACGAAGUCUGAGGUGGAGAAGGCCAAGUCCCAGCUGUAUUUAAGAACCCACAUGGCAGACGAGAGUAAGAAUGAGUAUGCAGCUCAGCUGCAGAACUUCAACGCUGAACAGUGGAAGCACUUUAAUGUGGCCAUCCCACAGAUCUUCAAGAGCAUGCAGGACAUGGAUGAGCGUCGGACGGUGAAGCUAGGAGAGACGUACCGGAGCUUUGCCGAGGUGGAGAGGAAAGUCAUCCCAAUCAUUUCCAAGUGUUUAGAGGGCAUGGUGACAGCCGCCAAAAAUGUGGACGAACGCAAGGACUCCUUAAUCGUGGUAGAGUCAUUUAAGUCCGGAUUUGAGCCACCAACUGACUUUCCCUUUGAGGAUUUCAGUCAGAACAUCCAGCGCACAGGGUCGGACGGUACUAUCGGUACUCCCAAAAACGACCCAGGCAAACCAGACCCCAAGCACGCAAUCGGAAAAGCAAAGAACAAACUCUGGCUGUUUGGGAAAAAGCCCAAGCUUCCCCCUCCUGCCCCUCCCCCACCCAUUCCUAGUGCCCUUUCUGCCCAUUUUCAGUCUUCUAAAUUCCCCACUGAGCGAAUAACUUACUGUCUCAAUGAAAUGAGAACGGUUACGUCCAAGAUCCCUACGUUCCGGGGUCUAAAGAGAGGGGGUGAUGUUAAGAUGACAGGAAGUGAUCAUCAGAUGACCUUGGCUCCAAACCUCGAAGAUCUCAGCCACCUGCCACCAGAACAGAGACGCAAGAAACUUCAACAGAGGAUUGACGAGCUUAGCAGAGAACUGCAGAAAGAAAUGGACCAAAGAGAUGCGUUAAAUAAAAUGAAGGAUGUCUAUGAGAAGAAUCCUCAGAUGGGUGACCCAGGUAGUCUUCAGCCCAAGAUCUCUGAAACCAUAUGCAACAUGGAGAAGCUGCGCUCUGAGAUACACAAAAAUGAGACAUGGCUGGCAGAAGUGGAGGGGAAGCAGAGUUCUCGUAGCGAACGGCGGCCCAGUUCAGAUGUGAAUCAUCACGCACCUCAUGGCAGAGAGAGUCCUGAAGGCAGCUACACAGAUGAUCCUAACCAAGAGCACCGGGCACCCCCCCAACCUGACCAGCACGAUUUUGACGAUGAAUUUGAAGAUGAUGAUCCUCUUCCUGCAGUUGGCCACUGCAAAGCACUCUACUCAUUUGAUGGUUCUAAUGAGGGCACAUUGGUGAUGAAAGAGGAGGAGGUGAUGUAUGUUAUCGAGGAGGACAAAGGCGACGGCUGGACGCGAGUUCGCAAGCAGAGCGGUGAGGAGGGUUAUGUUCCCACAUCCUACGUGGAGAUCACGCUGGAGAAGCACAGCAAAGGUGCGGUUACCUACAUUUGAGCUCAUCUGAAGCAUGAUCAUCCAGCCAUGUUGACUCUCGGCAUUAUCAUCACCACAGCCUACGUCAUACCCUGUUCACUGUGUGAGCUCAAGGACAAACACACAAAUAUAUAGGUACACACACGGGUUAAAGUGACCCUGACUAUGUUUACUGCGAUGGCAGGUUACUUUCUUUUUCACAUUUCAGAUUUUAUUCACCUGAUAAAGUGUUCUUGGUUCUCAAUAGAAGCUUUCCGCUCAGAUUAUUAGCUUUGUUCGUCAUUUAAUGUGACCUUUUAUCUCAGGCAUGCAGAAGGAUCAGAAAGAUUCCAUUCUUAAGGAACAAUACCUUGUUUUCAGUAAGUAUUACUGAAAUGGACUUGCUGUUACUGUUCCUAGAAGUGUUUUUCAGGUGCCACUUUUUCCAUCCAUGCUCAAGCUUAAGCCUUUAGGAGUCCAGAUCUUUGAGGAACGUAGAAGAGUAAAAAUGUUUGUUGAGUACACAAGCAUGGAGCAUUUUUCUGGGCUGUAUAACAUGCAUCAGCUUCAUGGGUUACUUCUCAGUCCUGUCCUGUGAUUUCUGACCAGAUUUGUGUAAUCUACAUGUGUGCUACAUUACUGAUCUUCAAAUCAUUGAAUGAUGAAUCUCAGGAUCAGCAGUAUAUCUGUGUUAAUCUCAAUAUAGUCCCUCUGUCCUGUCUAGUUGUGUUUUGUGUGAGUGACGGUGCUCUCUUUCCUUUCUCUGUGGCUACAGGUUCCUGAGUGGAUGAGUGGGGCUCUGUGGUGUUGGUGGAAGGGACACUGCUCUGGGUCUGUUAGUAGGUAGUGCAGGGGGUUUCAGCUGAAUGAGACAGGAACAGAGAGGAGAAAGCAGAUUGCAUGUUUGCACGCUGACUCUCAUUUCCAUUAACAUCAUUUCGUUCAGCAGAAGCUUGUGCUGUAGAUGUGGUAGAAAAGGGGAGAGGGAUGGAAUAAAGGGAUGGUGGGGGUAUAAAUUGAGGAAUCAGCUGCAUGGUAGAAAGCAUAGGGAAACCCAAUGCGCUGACCUAACCCGAUGCAUUUAUCCUAGACUGUGCCUGACCCCAACAUUGCGCCUUGUUGCACUCCAUUCCAGUGCUGUCAUAGGAAUGUUUUCCUGUGUCAUCCCUUUUGCUUGCCUUAACAUGCAUGACGUGAACAUGUCACUCCAUCUUCUCAGGGCUGACCUGUCAGCACCUGGUAGGAUGUAACCUCUUCUAAUCCUUCAUCACCCACAAUCAUUCAUUUCUGUGCUGUCUGUUUAUAUCAUUAUUGCCUUUUUUCCCCCCAUUCUGACUGUAUCCAUCCAAAAUAACAACCAUCUUGAAUGCUAAGUAUAGCAUGAAUGAACCAGAGUAGACACAGGACUGGACCACAGCAGCCCAACUGGCAGUUCUUUCAGUGUGUGCUGUGGAUCAAAAUACCACCUUGGACCAAUAGAUGAUGUCGUCGUCAUCAUCAUGUCUGACGGAGCAAAGCCAGGAUCUGUGAAAAAUGCAGCGAACACUCCAGCAGCCUUCCUUACAGCCAAUCCUAACACCUUACUUCUCUUCCAGCUCUCAGUAACAUGAUUGAAGAAGCCGUUUUCCGAUGAGCGUCCCCAUUAUCCAAAAGCAUCUGCGUUAUCCUUCUGUGUGUGUAUGUGAACGUGUCCUGCAUAUAUUAAAACGACGUGUACGCAUAUGAAUAUAUGUAUGCAUAUGUAUAUACCUAGUUAGGUUUUAUUACUGAUUUGUAAGUAUUAACAUUCUUUAUUUCAUACUGAAUGUGUUUUUACCACGUCUUUUUAUAGGGUUUUUUAAAUCGCGUGAAUGAUUUUUCGCUUCUACGACUCUUUUCUCUUUGUAAUCAGUGCUUCUUUUAAAAGUCUGAACACUAUUCUGCAUAGGACCCUGGUCUUAACCCAUGCACUUUUUACCCUAAUUCAUUUAAAUUUGUAUUGAGUGAAUGAAUGAAUCAUGUUGGCUCUGACUGCUACUUUUUGUAUAAAUAUAUUGUACAGUAAGACAGUAACCACUAUCUACUGGGGCGUUUGAUCAAGAGCAACAGCAAACAGGAAAUAAAUGCUUAAUUCCCUUGGUCUCA